CUCUAAGCUUAUUCUUUCUAUCGCUCAAUUUGACUAAUUAACAUAGAGCGACAGAAGAAUGGGUCUAAGCAGUACUAAUAUCCCCUUACUUUUGCUCUCGCUUUUGAUGUUUGGUGUUUUGGGUAAUGCUCAACUUAGCUCCGAUUUUUACUCCAAGAGCUGCCCUAAUGUCACAAUCAUCGCUCGGAGUCUGAUCCAACGAGCUAGCCGUAGCGACGUUAGACUCACUGCUGAAGUCAUGCGUCUUCACUUUCACGACUGUUUUGUGAACGGGUGCGAUGGUUCGGUGCUAUUGGACGCUGCUCCUGGGGAUGGAGUAGAGGGUGAAAAAGAAGCUUUCCAAAACGCUGGUUCUCUUGACGGUUUCGAAGUGAUCGAUGAUAUCAAAGCCGCACUCGAGAAUGUCUGCCCUGGAGUCGUCUCUUGUGCCGAUAUACUCGCUAUCGCAGCUGAAGUCUCUGUUUCACUGGCGGGAGGGCCGUCAUGGGAAGUAUUAUUAGGAAGGAGGGAUGGUCGCACGGCUAACCGUGGGGAGGCAGUGGCUAACCUUCCUCUUGGACCUGACUCUAUGGAGAUCCUUACCUCUAAGUUCUCCGUACAUAAUCUUGACACAACCGAUCUCGUCGCUUUAUCUGGUGCGCAUACCUUCGGGAGAGUUCAGUGUGGAGUAAUAACAAAUCGUCUUCACAAUUUUAGUGGUAACAAUGGACAGUCUGAUCCUAGCAUUGAACCAAAAUUCUUGCGAACAUUGAGACGAAAAUGUCCGCAAGGCAGAAGUCUCACUGCGAGGGUUAAUCUUGAUCCUACGAGCCCUGACUCAUUUGAUAACGAUUAUUUCAAGAACCUUCAAAACAACCGUGGGGUCAUUGAAUCAGACCAAAUCUUGUUCUCUUCGAAAGGAGCGCCUACCGUGUCUUUGGUGAAUCGUUUUGCAAAGAGCCAACGUACAUUCUAUAAAGCUUUUGCGAAAUCAAUGAUCAAGAUGGGAAACGUAAGGAUUCUCACAGGAAAUGAUGGAGAGAUUCGUGGAGACUGCAGACGGGUCAACUAAAACGGCUUUGCUUAAGUGCAUCGUCAAGUGAUCAAAUUUUUCUUGUUGAUUAUACUUAAUAAAUGUUAUUAAUUUCAGCUUUUCCGCAAUUGUUCAUCUCCAUUUGAUUUUUUUACUAUAGUAAGUUUAAGCAUGGUCAUUGUUAAUUUGUUCCCAUUGAUUGUAAAUCAUACACACACAUUUAUAUGAAAAGAGCGUC